AUGGAUGGCCGUAAAGUUGUGUUAAUCACCGGUUGUGCUAAAGGAGGCAUUGGUUAUGAAUAUUGCAAGGCAUUUGCUGAGAAAAAUUGCCAUGUCAUUGCUUCGGACAUUCCUCAACGCCUCAACGAUAUGUUGGACCUCAAAUCAGACGACAUGGAUACAUUAGGGUUCGAUGUUUCAUCUGAUGAGAGUGUAUCAUCAGGUGUGAACACUAUUAUAUCAAAAUUUGGCCGAAUUGAUGUAUUAAUCAACAAUGCUGGAAUAGGAAGUACAGGGCCAUUGGCAGAGCUUUCACUAGACACAAUUAGGAAAGCUUGGGAAAUUAACACAUUAGGGCAAUUAAGAUUAAUACAAAAUGUUGUGCCCUAUAUGGCAUCACAAGGCAGGGGUAGUAUAGUAAAUGUAGGAAGUAUAGUAGGAAAGGUUCCUACCCCUUGGGCUGGGUCUUAUUGUGCUAGUAAGGCAGCUGUGCAUGCUUUGUCUAACACUUUGAGACUCGAAUUAAGACCUUUUGGAAUUAAUGUGGUGCUAGUGGUUCCUGGUGCCAUAAGAUCAAAUUUUGGUAAAGCUACAUCAGAAAAAUUGGGAAAUUGCGAUUGGAAAUUAUACAAAGAUUUCAAGGAGGCCAUUGCCGAAAGAGCUAGAGCUUCUCAAGGUGGAAAAGCUACUGAUGCUACAAUAUUUGCAAGACAUGUAGCCAGCAAGGUUUUGAGUUGUAAGCCACCAAAACAAAUUGUAUUUGGUCAUAUGACUGGUUUGUUUGCUUUGCUUUCUUGGUCUCCCCUUUGGGUUAGAGAUCUUUUCUUUGCCACUCGUUUUAAUGUAAAUAAAAGGGUCUAA